CUUUGAUGUGACAGUCCCUGGCUUGUUAACAUUAUGUCACCUCCAUUUUUAGCAUACUGUUAACCCCUAAUUUGCAUAACGGAAGCCUCCUAUCGUUAGAGGACGAAAGGGAAAGGUUUUCUAUAGCAAGGUGUGGUACCGGUGAAAAAUGAAGUGGACAGUUGUUGGAGUGUUGAUUACUGUUCAGUUCAUUUCUAUUGUUUGUGGAGUACAAGAUAGCCAGCAGACGAUCCAUGAUCAUUUACAAUCGGAACACCUUAUCCCUGUUCAAAGCCAAGCAGCAAAGUCUCAUCUGGUAUACGAAGGUAGCGGGGACAUAAAUGACCAAUCAGAGAAGACCCCUGUCUACAAGGUCACCCGACCUCCUCCGUCUUCCAAACCGCCGAAGGAGGCACAAAACUUUGAAAAUGGUGCUUCCGUUGUGAUCCUACAUAAACCGUCGCCUGCUAUUAUAGUUCUGAUAGUGAUUCUGAUACUUCUGCUUCUGACGUCACUGCUCGCCAUUGGUUAUCUUUGGAGGCGCGUUCGAGUUCUAAAGGAGAGACAACACAAAAAGCCAUACCCCACAGAGGGGGAGUUUGACGAGGAUGAAUACUCAGUGAUGAUGGACUGGAACACCACUUAACACUCAUCAGGGCUGCAAUCCUGUCUACAAAAGCUGUCUCCUAGUUAACGAGGAUGCGCGAUGACCUGGGCUAUUCCAGGUCUAGCAGUGCAAGAAUUAACUAUUAACAACAUUGUAAAAUUUCUACAGUUGUAAAAAUUGUGAAACUUACCAAUUAUUACAAAACGGUCUCAAUACUCCAUCGAAAAUUAUUUUUAUCAAGUUUCUGUAAUAAACAAAGAU